CUGCCCUGCUGAGAUGGCUCCGGGCGCCUGAGCCACGCCCUGGGCGGGGCCCAGCCAUGGAGACCGUUGUCAUCGUGGCCAUCGGGGUGCUGGCCACCAUCUUCCUGGCAUCCUUCGUGGCGCUGGUGGUGGUCUGCCGGCAGCGGUACUGCCACCCCACAGACCUGCGCCACCACUACGACACCAAACCCAUCGUGGACCUGAUGGGGACCGCCGAGACGCCGUCGGAGCCCUCGGAGCUGGAGCUGGACGAUGUGGUGAUCACCAACCCCCACAUCGAGGCCAUCCUGGAGAACGAGGACUGGGUGGAGGAUGCCUCGGGUCUGGUGUCCCACUGCAUCGCCAUCCUGAAGAUCUGCCACACGCUGACAGAGAAGCUGGUGGCCAUGACCAUGGGCUCAGGUGCCCGAGUGAAGUCCCCUGCCAGCCUUGGUGACAUCAUUGUGGUGGCCAAACGCAUCAGCCCCAGGGUGGACGACGUGGUGAGAUCCAUGUACCCUCCGCUGGACCCCAAACUGCUGGACGCCAGGGCGGCGGCGCUGCUGCUGUCGGUCAGCCACCUGGUGCUGGUGACCCGCAGCGCCUGCCGCCAGCCUGCCGCCCGCCACUGGGUGGAGCGGUCGCUGGCCGCCGCCGAGGAGCACAUGGCCGUGCUGCGCCAGGCCGCCAUGGCCACCGAGAGCGACCGCCCGGCGCCCACCGAGGCCUUCCGCCAGGAGCAGUCGGCCAUCUGAGCGCCCCCCACCCCUGCUGCCACCCUGCCCUGCCAAUAAAGGCCCUGCGAGGCGGCGGGUGGCAC